AUGGACGUAAACGCGUCGUGGUCAACACCAAGCUGGGCCGAACUGGCCUCCUUGAAGUUUCCCUCGCCACUACCAACGUCCAACUCGGCUUUGUACUGGCUGGCCUUGAUAGUCGUGGCAUCCGUGUUAGCGGUGUCCCCUCUCCGCAGCAAAUUCCAGUCAGCAGAGAUCUACCCCAUUAUCAACAAGACGAAGGAGGAAUAUCUCAAGGAUGGAAAGGGACUCAUCGCGAGAGGGGCGAAAGAGUAUGGCGGCAAGCCCUUCCGGGUGUAUACCGGUCAGGGCACCAUGACGGUCUUGGCUCCCGAGUUUGCUCAGGAGGUGAAGAAUGAUAACAGGCUGAGCUCUACGGAGUUCCUGUUGGCUUACUGGCAAGCUGGAACCCCGGGUUUUGAGCCGUACUUUAGCUCCGGAAGUGAGCUCAUCCGUGAGAUGAUCAGGACUCACCUCACUCAAAGCGACAUCUCCAAACUAUCCGGACAACUUUCUCAAGAAGCAUCCGACGCCCUUCAAGACGAAUUCACAGACAACGAAGAAUGGCACGAAAUCACCCUCGCAACAACCAUCCCACGCAUAGUCGCCCGCGUCUCCGCCCUCGUCUUCCUCGGCCCCGAACUCUGCCGCGACCCGCGCUGGCUCGACAUCACCAUAACCUACCCCAGCAAAGCCAUGGCCGCCGCCAAAGUCCUGCGCUCCUACCCCUCCCCGAUCCGGCGCCUGGUGCACUGGUUCCUGCCCUGCUGCCGCGAGCUGCGGCAGAUGCUGCGGGCCGCGCGGAUGGCCAUCGAGCCGAUCCAGGCGCGGCGGCACGAGCAGGAGGCGCGGGGCGUCGUGUUCAGCAACGCGCUGGCGUGGAUCGAGAAGCUGGCGCGGAAGCAGCAGGACAGGACGGCGCAGAACGCGGCGUUUCAGCAGCUGGGGCUGAGUAUCCUGGCCAACGCGUCGAGCACGGAUCUGGUCUCGCAGAAUAUUUUGGAUUUGUGUCGGAAUCCGGAGCUGAUCGGGCCGUUGAGGGAGGAGGUUGUGAGGAUUGCCGGGGAGGGGUGGAAGAGCUCUGCGCUGUAUAACUUGAGGCUUAUGGAUAGCGUGCUCAAGGAGACGCUGAGGCUGAAGCCGAUCGCGACGGUUGCCCUCGGCCGCCGCGUGAUGGAAGAUAACGUCAAGUUGAGCGACGGCAGCGUGCUUCCCAGGACAACGGGCGUGGCCGUCUCAUCGGCCAAAAUGUGGGAUCCGGAGAUCUAUCCCAACCCGGACAGCUUCGACGGCUACCGUUUCCUGCGCAUGCGGGAGGGCGGCAACAACGAGCACAACGCCCAGCUGGCCAGCGUGUCGCCCGAGCACCUGGGCUUCGGCCUCGGGGCUCACGCGUGUCCGGGACGGUUCUUCGGCGCGAGCACGACGAAGUUGGUGAUGGCGCAUUUCUUGCUCAAGUAUGAGUUCAAGCUGCCGAACGACGACAUGUCGGCUGUUGAUCCGAUGAGGUUCGGCAUCUGGGCCCUCUCGGUCCUCGCCGUCCUCGGCGCCGAGGUCGUCCCCCGCGCGACCUUCACCGAGGUGACGGACUACGGCUCCAACCCGACCGGCACGCGCAUGUGGCUCUACGUGCCGAACAACCUCGCCGCCAAGCCGGCCGUCGUCGUCGGGAUUCACUGGUGCAGCGGCAGCGCGCAGGCGUACUACCAGGGCAGCCAGUGGGCGCGGUACGCCGAGACGUACGGCUACGUCGUGAUCUACCCGCAGACGCCGUACACGCGCGACAACUGCUGGGACGUGGCGUCCAAGAUGACGCUGACGCACAACGGCGGCGGCGCGAGCAACUCCAUCGCCAACAUGGUCAAGUUCGUGAUCGCGCAGUACGGGGCGGACGCGUCCAAGGUGUACGCGACGGGCAUUUCGUCGGGGGCCAUGAUGACGAACGUGCUCGCCGCGACGUACCCGGACAUCUUCGCCGCGGGGAUCGCGUACGCGGGGGUGCCGGCCGGGUGCUUCAUGAGCGCCAACGACGUCCCGGACGAGUGGAACUCGACGUGCUCGACGGGCCAGUCCAUCUGGACGCAGCAGCAGUGGGCUAAUGUGGUCUACAACAUGUACCCGGGGUACACGGGGCCGAGGCCGAAGAUGCAGAUCUACCACGGGUCGGCGGACGAGGCGCUCAACGUGCAGAACUACUACGAGACGAUCAAGCAGUGGACGGGGGUGUUUGGGUACUCGACGGAGCCGAAGUCGACGACGCCCAACUACCCGAGGAGCCCGUACACGAGGUACAUCUUUGGGGACAAGCUUCAAACUUUCCUGGGGCAGGGCGUAACUCACUCGAUUGACGUCUUCCCGGAGGAGGAUCUCAAGUGGUUUGGUUUCGUGAACCCGGUGACGACGACAGCCAACCCCGGAACACCCUCGACGACGCUGCGCACCAGCACGACCUCGACGAGAGCGGCGGCGACGACCACGGCGGCCGGAGGAUCCGGCACGGCGCCUCAGUGGGGGCAAUGCGGCGGGAUCAACUGGACGGGACCGACUUUGUGCGCGAGUCCGUACACGUGCAACAAGGUCAAUGAUUUGAUGGAUGAUGUGAUUCUGUUGAGCGAUGACGAGGGCUGGAGAUGA